AAUAGAAACGGAGGCGGUGCGUUCAUAUCCCCAUUCCGCGUUGUUCACGUUUUAUUUGACAGUAGCCUGUGAAUUCCGAUGUAUAUGUGCCACUAGACUGUUCCAGUUUGAGAAUGCGCCUAAAUACGCUUUUCCAAAUGGUCAAAUUUGGGCUUUUAAAGUCAUGAAAAUCAGGGUCGGCUCUACCCUUUUGGGGAACCUAAGCGAGUCCCCCUCUUCAACCAAGCGGGCAAUUUUGACGGCCCAGAGAAAAUAUUGCACUUUUAUAAAAAAUUUAAAAAAAUAAAUCCCAAAUCAAGCACUGGUUAAUUAACAUUCGUUAUGGCCCAAUGUGAUGUGUUAGGAUAUAACUUCCAUUCGCGCUGUUCACCAACGUUUAGGAAACGUUUCGAUGUUGAAUGCGGCUCCGCAAAUCCUCCGAACAAAACUUCCGCCUUCAAGCAGUCGAUUCGUGCCAAACACAGACAUGCCUGCAAAAAUAAACUGAUUGACUCUUGAGGGCUCUCAACAAAGCCUCUCCUGUGACUACGUUUAAAGUCAAAUUAGGUCAAAUUUGUAGCAACAAAACGCAAAGAAAACAACAACAACAACGGGAAAACAGCAAAAAUGUAAGCUUGAAAGAGGGACGAACCCAAAAGGAUAGAGGAGGGCGGACGACCGACCAACCAACCAACCAAUCAACCGGCCGCACAAAAUACCAAAAACAGCCGUAUCCAAGAUGAGGCGAGCCAGCCGAGGAGGGGAUGAAUCUGGUACCGGUGCUCCCCGUCAGAACGGUGUGUCUGGGGCGAGAGGCGGCGCCAGAGCAGCGGCUGCGGAUCGGGGGGAUACGGUAGCCGCCGGCGCCGGCGACGAUGAUGAGGCGGCGUGCAGCCCAGCAGACAUGCAGGAUGAGGACAAUGAUCCGGCGCGGAGGAGAGAGAUCAGGAGCAAGUACAGGGACCUCAUCAACUCAGUUCAACAGAACAGAGAGGACAUGUUGAGUCCCACCAACAACAAACUGACAGAUGUGUUGGAGGAGGCCAACAAACUGUUUGCAGAAGUCCGUCAGGCCCGUGAAGCGGCUUUAGACGCCCAGCUCCUGGUGCUGGCUACAGACCUGGGGAAGGAGAAGGCCAGCCAGCUACACGCAGAGGGAUCAGCCUUCGACCCCGCAGCCUUUGCUGAACACCUGCUGUCAUUCAUGGGUCUGAAUCGCCUGGAGGAGGAAGAUGUGGAGGGUGGAGCGAGCGGCGGGUACCUCCCCCAGGACGCCUGGCAGAGGGUAGCUAACAGAGCUCAGCGCUGCUUCAGGACUGCCCCCUCUUUCCACUAUAUGAUGGGAUCGUUCCUGGCUGAGCUACCGCCGCCUCGCCAGAGGGUAGAGAGACAGAGGAAAGUUCCUGGGAUGGAGGUCAAGAGGAUCAUGCCCACUCAGUUGAAGAGGAUGGAGGAGUCUCACCAGGAAGCUACAGAGAAGGAGGUAGAGAGGAUUCUGGGAUACCUGCGGAGCUACUUCUUUGACGACCCCACAUCUCCCAUCUCCUACUAUGAGUUUGUCAUAGACCCCACCUCCUUCUCCCGCUCUGUGGAGAACAUCUUCCACACCUCCUUCCUGGUCAGGGAUGGUUUGGCGAAAAUGUACCUGGAUAAUCACAAACUUCCUUGUAUCGCCCCUGUGGAGGAAGGGGAGGUGGAGGCUGGAGGAGCGUCUAACAGGCAGCAGUGUGUCAUCUCUAUCAGCCCCAAGAGCUGGAAGGAGUUAAUUGAGGCCUUUGAUAUCACCGAGCCACUGAUCCAUGCUCCCAGCACACAGCACACAGAAUGAUGCUGAUAUAACAGCUAUUUCCUUUUAAAACAUUAGAGAAUUUUAUCGACUUUAACUUUAGCUAUAAAUAUUAGUUUUCUAUUCAUAGGUCUUGUUCGCGGUUUUUUGUAUUAUUUGAUUAAAGAGAGUGAACCCAA